AUGAACGUUGAGAUGACGUCGGAACAGAUGGCGACCGGUGAAGGAGGUGCCAUUGCCAACCAUCACGGCCCGCCGCCAGAGCACCACGUUCCGCUGGACCAUCUCCGUUCGCUCUACUACCGACCCGCAUUGGGAUCGGGUGUUCUAGUCGCCUCUUCGCAAGUCUCGCUCGAAUCAUCGCCGUUUCCACAGCUUGUGCAAGACACAGGUCGUAGGAGCAGUGUAGCUGCAGGUUCUUCGUCGAGCUGCCAGCCGCACACACGCACAGAAAGCAACCCUUCUCGGACCGCAAGAUCUGCUGCCUCGUCCUUCUGGUCACAGAACGUACCCCGAGCCCACCCGGAAUCACAUGUCAGCAUCCUCGCCCAAGCACAGGCAGUUUCAGCUUCACCAGUGCUGUCGCAAGCGAGUCAGCUCGAAGUAUCCGCCUCACCUUCGACCUCUUCACAGCCGCGACAACUUCAACUGAGCUACAUCCAUGCAGCACCAGGGUCUGCAGCAUCGUCAUUCAGCCUUGGUCUCGGUCGCAUCGACUCGCAUCGUCGCUUGCGCGCUCCUUCUACCUCGUCCUCAUAUGGAUACUUGCCAACACGUCUCCUGCCAGUCGAAGAGAAGAAGCGGAUCCUAGUCACCGGCGGCGCAGGUUUCGUCGGCUCACACCUCGUCGACCGGCUCAUGCUGAUGGGCCACGAAGUGCUCGUGAUUGACAAUUUCUUCACCGGCCAAAAGAGCAACGUCUCGCAAUGGUUCGGACACCCCAACUUUGAGUUGAUCCGACACGAUGUAGUCGAGCCGCUUGUCAUUGAAGUCGAUCAGAUCUAUCACCUCGCUUGCCCAGCCAGUCCGAUCUCGUAUCAAGCCAACCAGAUCAAGACCAUCAAGACCAACUUCAUGGGCACACUCAACUCGCUUGGUCUGGCUAAACGUACCAAAGCACGAUUUUUGCUCGCAUCAACAUCAGAGGUCUAUGGCGACCCGGACGUGCAUCCGCAACCAGAGACGUACAAUGGCAACGUCAAUCCAGUCGGUCCGAGAGCUUGCUACGAUGAAGGCAAGAGGGUCGCAGAAACUUUGACAUACGGGUACUACUAUCAGGACGGAGUAGAUGUAAGAGUGGCUCGCAUCUUCAAUACCUUUGGUCCCCGCAUGCAUCCGCACGAUGGAAGAGUGGUCAGUAAUCUAAUCCAGCAAGCUUUGCGCGGAGAGCCUUUGACGGUCUUCGGUGACGGAUCACAGACACGUAGCUUCAUGUUCAUCCAUGACCUCAUUGACGGAUUGAUAUCGCUUAUGAACGCCGAACCUGCCCAGCCCCAAGAUCCACAUCACUCGCAAGCACAAACGCAAGCACUCGCACCAGCCAUGGCCAAAACGCAAUCUCUUGCAGCAGAGAUAAUGACCGAUGCACCCGACACUAUCGUCCCUUCCACUUUGGCCGUUUCCACUCCUGCUCCUCUCACUUCCACCAACAUAUUCUCCGCCGACAACUACUUCCACACCAAUGCGCACAAACAUGACGUUCACACACCUGUCAACCUCGGCAACCCAGCCGAGUUCACCAUCAUGGAACUCGUUCAUCUAGUUCAGAAAUGCGUGGCCAAGGUAAAAGCUCAAGAUCGACAGGAUUCACAGGCUACUGUGGCAGAAGAGGAAGAGCAGAAUGCCAAUUCAGAGAUCCGAUUCUUUGCAAUCCCAAAAGAUGACCCAAAACAACGCAAACCGGACAUCACACGAGCGACGAGCUUAUUGGACUGGUAUCCAACAUGGAAGCUCCAGGCGGGGCUGGAAGAGAUGACUAGAUGGUAUUGGGAGCGGAUCAAGGAGGGUUCAUUCUAG